GGAUGAUUUCAACAAUAAGAGUCUCGUUUUAAACUUAUCAUUCUGUUGUUUUAAAUUUUUUUGCUUCGAAUUCGCGCUUUGAGAUAACCUUCGAAAAGCAUUCAUUGGACACGACUUGUCGUAAUUGGUAAAAAACAUAAGAAGGCCUGGGGACGGCUUAUAAUGUCAGAAUUCAAAUUAGUCGUUCGUAUCAGGUUUAACAAACGUUUACUUUUUAGAAGAACCAAAUGAAAAAAGUUAGGUAUCCUGCGUACAAGCCAACACAUUUUUGUGUAUAAGAACCUAGUUUAAAAGAAAAGAAAUAAGGUAUAUAUGUACAACGUACUUAGUCUAAUAAAUUCCCUCAAAUUACAAAGAAACAACAUUCGAAGAACAUAUGUUUUUUAUACUAAGAUAAUUUCAACAUCUAAUUCUUCAUCUACAUCUGAGUAUAAUCUUUACCAUUAGAAGCAAUAUUUGUAAAGGCUGAAAAAGUGUUUAAAAAUAAUCACAUUUAACCACAUCUAACCCGGCUGAAAUUUAGACGUUCUUAUAAAAAAGUUUUUAAAGUCAUUCUUCGUGAUUUCUCACAAAGUCGUGAAACAAGGUUUAAUACAAACGCAUUAAAGUGACGUUUCAAUUCAAACUUUUGACGGUAUCUAUUAGCAACAACAAGUUAGUUCAGAACAAUACUCAAACAACUUUUGUUAAAUUUCUGAGCGGUUCUGCUAAAUGAUAUAAAAUGAAAAAGAACUGUUUAAGAUAUAAAACUUUUUUUGGAGUUGUAAAUGUCUUUUUGAAAAUGUCAGAAAGACAUUACAAAGCGAAGUCUAACGGUUUGUGGAAUCGAUUAGUAAACACAAAGGGUAACUACGGGUAUAACAGUAACCCAAGACAUAGUGUAGCAGAAGCAAGAAGUCCAUUGAAUACCAUCUCUACGCUGAGCAUCCGAGGUAUUGCAUCAAAUCAAGUAAAGGAUAAAGAAGAUCAGGAAAUCGCAUACAACGAUGCGGCGACAACGUAUGGCAUAGAUCCCAAUCAAGUGCGAUGGGAUGAUUUCAACAAUAAGAGCCGAUUGGAAGACAAUAUCCAGAAACUUUUGAGUUGCAAGAAAGUUCUGGUGAAACUGGAUCUUGCUAAAGUAGACUACAUCCCUGGAAUCUUGGCUGUCCCUGUCUUUCAUUGCCCACGUUGUUUAGAUCUAUGGCGAAAAUCCAAAUCUAUUCCAGAGAAGUGUGAUGAAAAGUCUCAACCAACGCGAGGAAAACCCAUAGCACUUGAUGAUGAAGCUAAUUAUUUGCUUCUAAGCAAUAACUUAGGCAACAUCAGCUAUAUACAAAUUCAUGGUCGUAAUGUUAACACCACUAGACAAGCAGGAAAACGUCGCAAAACCAUCAUGACCGCAUUUGAUUAUGAUGAGGAAGACAACGGCGUUGACUUGCCUCAGUCCUGUGGAGGCUCUCGUUCUUCUCAAUCUCCGGCAAGCCCUUACUUUUUUCCAUCGACCGGCGGGUCUUAUCCUCCUAAAUCAGGUGAAGGCCGUUCUAUUAAUAAAAUGGCUGUUUUAAGUGAAGAAAAGAUGUCCGAAGGAAUAAGAAAGUACGGAGGGCUUAAUCUGAGCGAAGCUAGGUUAUUAAUAGAAUCAAAAUCUGAGGAAACCGAACAACAUGAUGGAAUUAAAAGUGUCCACGUGAUAAAAAAUGGUAGAAGGGAUCAUCUACGUGAUUACCCACGUGAUCUUCCAUUAGGUGAUGGAUCAAACGUCAUCCUGUCCAAUAACAAUCAAGUUCUAUCCGAUAGAACUAAAAACAAUGAUCAAUCUGACUGGGAGGACAAGUCGUGUCCAAUGAAUGCUUUUCGAAGGUUAUCUCAAAGCGCGAAUUCGAAGCAAAAAAAUUUAAAACAACAGAAUGAUAAGUUUAACGAGACUGAAAAAGUAAGUUUCACUAAUGCCUUAGAAGAAAAAAAGCAAAUUGGCAAAAAAGUUCAAGCACAGAACGGAAUGGAUUUAAAAAUUUUUAAAGAAAAGCUGAAAGGUAGUGAGGAGGAAAAGCUUGACCGGACAACAGUACAAAAAGAGAAGCCUGGUGUGCACUCAAGCGUGGAGAUAAGCUAUGAAAAUGAUGAAUCAUCCAGACAUCUUAUUAGUAUUGAUGAAACUGCAGUCAUUGGAAAUAAGGACACCAAAAUAAACAAUGCAAACAAAGAUUCUGUCUCAGCAGAAGAAUCACCAGCUGAAAUUCUUAGUCGUAUGAAAAACAGAAAACUUAAAACAAGCGUUAGGAAUGCUGGAGUUUGGGAUAAAACAGCAGCUAAUGACAAACAAAACCACACUCUUGUUAAACACGUCAUGUCGACGUCAGGUGGCGGUGGAAUCCAACAGUUUGUAGAAGAAUCCAGUGAUGUGUCGGUUUCUCGAAGAAAUAGCGCGAGAAAAGGAAGCAUUCCUGUUGGAAGUGAGGAUUUAUUUUUAAUGCAAGGCGGAAAGCAACCUGUCAGUCGCCGUCAAAAAAGAGGCGAGUUACGUAAUCGUCCAAAUAGAGCCUUCGCUUCUUCAGAUAGCUUAGGCAUGAGUUACACCCAGUCAGGAUAUAAGUAUGAAAAUGAUGAUAGCGACGCACGAGGAAAUCCGGAAAUGCGCAAAAGUGCCGAUGGUCGAUUGCUGUCUUCACGUGGUAAAAACAAAAACAACGAAUUUAUCAAUAACAUUAGUGUUAAUAACAUCAAUAACGAUGAUACAAUUAAUGCUCAAUCAAACGUAUCAUCUAAUGUAAAAGUGAGAAGAGGAAUUAACAAAAAAGAACGAAGAACGAGUGUUGACAAAAGUCGAAGCAACAAACUGGAUUUUGAACUACCCCCGGUUGAAAUCUUAAAACCUGCUACAAAUGCUCCAGGCUCGUCCGAAAUACUCGCAUUAAACUAUAAUCACCACGACAGUCGCCCGUCUUCUAGAUUACAUUCGGCAUGCUUAAAUGGAAAAGAUGCAGAUAUUUCAGAUAGGAUGUCGUCACCGGUUACUAUACCGCUCAUAAUUAACAGCCAUGACAGCAAGCCAAAUACCUCUAAUUUAUUCCCUGAAGUAAAAAAGCAAAAUAUAUUUUGCAGACAAAAUCUGUUCAACCCGAAAAAUAAUAUAAAACACGUCGAAUCUUCAAAUAGGGCACCUGCGAGGGAGACACUCACUCCAUCACCGAAGCUAUCGCAAAAGAUUUCAUGCAACGAAUUAAUGUGUUUGACCAUGAGAAAUUUUACCAGUAGUUUUACAUUCUCAUUUUAUGACUUACCUGAGCAAUACCGAAGAAAUAAUGACUUUAUUAAAAAUAAAGCAAAAUCUUCCAAAUUAAAAAACAAGAAGAAAAAAUGAAUAUCAAUUUUUUUAAUAUACAACAUGGUCUAUGUUUUUUUCUCUCGUCCCAGGAUUAAAUCACUCAAAUGCUAAACACCAUCUACUGUAAUAAAAUAUGGGAAAAAGAACCCUGGAAGUGAAGAUCUUAACUAUAUAUAAACAAAUGGGCACAAAAUUAGUCAACCUCGUUCCCAUCGCCUGUUGUCCCUCUGUUAUAUGUCUGAAACAAAAUAGGAGGCCCUGGGGACGAGGUUGAAAAUUAUUGCGUUUUUUUAAAUGAAUAAAGGUGCACGUUUCAUAAGACAGAAUUGUAUAUUAACCUUGAUAAAUGUUUUAAAACGUUCUUUAGAGCUGACAACACAGGAGGAGGCAGAGGGGGGCACUAUUUUUUUCAUUCUGACGCAAUUAAAUUUGAAAAUUUGAAUAGCGUUUUCGACAAUAUGGAGGUUUAAAAAAAAUUCUAGGGUAACAACCCCCAAAAAAGGGUAAGGCCUCCUUGGUCACUGUAUUGAUCCCUUCAAUUUUAAAACCAAUUCGUCGUCCUUGCCCUUUAUAUUAAUAAAGCCAGAAGAAAUAAACUAUUUUUUUAAUUUUUGACCAAUGUUUACAGAUAAAAAGCCAUAAAGUGUUCUUAACUCCUUCUCAUGUCUUCACCAGCUAUAUGUCUAUAUAUGCUUUAUAUGAAUAAGAACUUAAAUCAGGUGUAAUUUUGUAACAUCUAUUCUCUGAUGUUGGCUGUUGCUCAUUCUCGAUUAACCACAAUCGGACGUUUCUACUAUUAAACAAAAUGAAAAUAUUUUGUUUUCGUUGUCGUAACCAUGUACACAAGGGUACAAAAAGACGAAAAAAAAUAUUCGUUGUAAAAUAUCUGUUCUUACUUCUUAUGUCAUGAGAAUUUUUAAAAGGUUUUAAAGUGAAAAAUAGCUUCCAAAAAAACACUUGGCUGGCGAGAAAAAACAAAUGCUUUUUAACAAAUAAUGGUUAAAAAUGGUAACCCAGUUAAAGUAAAAAAGAAAGUCCGAAUAAAGUCCGAUUAUCCCACAUAAAUUGUGGCCAAUCAAACCUUAAAGUUAUAGAUCGCAGCAAUAAUUGGAACAUUUUGUUAAUAAAAGAAGUGCUGUAUAUCAAUUUUAACCUGAAUGACCUCUAAAGAACUACCACUAUUCUAAUGUUACAUAUAUAACGGUUACUUGUUGUAAAAUAUUUUAUUCUCUGAAGAUGACUUGAACUAUAGUCGAAAUAUUAGAAACUGAAAAAUUUCUGUUUUAUUUAUGUGCUUGAUAACUUGAUUUAAAUAAAAUGAACUUAUUCGGACUUUCUUUUUUACUUUUAUAUUUAAAUUGUCAUAUGGCUCAAAAUUUUAACCUGGUUAAGUUCUGAAGAAUUAAAUUGUUUUUUGCCAUUUCUAAAAUGGUAUUGCUUGAGACUUUUUUUCUAGGCUCUCUUUCCUUCAUUAGUUAUUUUAUUUAUUCUUUCUUCCAGUAUUAUUGCACCUCUUUCCAACUUGUCGUAAUAAACGCUCGAGAAUUUUCGCACUGGUAUGGACUGUUUCAAAUUUAAUUUAGAGAAAGAAAUGCUGUAUACUUGUGACAAAGUAAUUGAGUUGUUGUAAAAGCAUAUGUUAAAUUGAAGAAGAGUAAUUUUAUACUUCUGUCUUUUUUUAAGUUUAAAAUGAAUGUUUUAGAUCUUGUUAUUACAAUCGCUGUAAAAUGUUUGUACGUAGCAUCAACCUCGCACCUAGUCCACACAAAUGUAAGCUUAUCUGUAACUCAACGAUAAAGAUAAAAAAAAGCCAGGGACCAAAAUGGACCAGCGUCAGUGUAGAAACUUUACUUCUUAUAAGGGUUCAAUUAAUAAUAAAAUUGAAUCUCAGAUUCGAGAAAAAAAUUAGAACUCCUUUAGAACAUGCCUGGCCUUUUAGUAAAUUGUCAGACGAAAGAAAUUUAUUUAUUUAUUUAUUUAUUUAUAAAAUUAUAUAAAUAUAAAUUUCAAAUGCUGAAAUGUUUUUUUUUAUAAUUUUAUAUUUAUUGUGGGUUGCCACUUUUUUCCUAGAUAAUGAUUUUUUAUGUAUUUUUGAAUAUAACUUUUAGAGUUUCCAGAGUCAAGAAUAAAUACAAAACAUUUACGUAGUACAUACUAAACCACAAAGCGAAAAGCGUUCCAAUUUCCUACUCGAAAAAUAUGUUACUUUCUAAAGAACCAAUUAAAACAGCUGGAUUAGGUAUAAAUCCAAUUGUAUUUUACCGCGAACAUCUGCUGCAGUUUUUACAAAGAAAACCUUCUGUUACAAAGGGUUAACCUCUGUUACUAUUCCACAUUACUAUAUGAACCUUGAAAGAUGGAGUUUAUCUCAGUGUUGCUGCUUGGAAUCAUUUGCGUGAAUUGUGUCUUCUGCUUAGAAAGCAACUUUCUAACAAAAAAAGAAAUAAAGUUUUGUCGGUCAAACAAUGAUUGUGAAGACGGGUGCUGCAAAGGCUUCGUCUGUCUCAAAUAUCUUCAAGAAGAUGAAAUGUGUUUGCUAGAGGACAGGUUAAGAAUUGGUUGUGGAUGUUUGCCAAACCUUGAGUGCAAGAAACAACCGAUAUUAUGGAGAUGCACAAACCCAGUAAAUGAAGUCACGAGAGAUGUGAAUGAUAUGAUAGUAGACAAAGGGGUGACAAGAAAAGAGAGUGACAUAUUGAAGGAUGAUAUGGAACGAAGCAUUGACAAAGUAUUGAAUUAUUUGUCAAACAAAGUGGAGGAGAGCAAGUAAUUCGAUUGAUUCCACCGCAGAGUUUAAUUCGAAACUUUGUUGUCGUUAAAUUAAAUACCCUGUAAGGGAUAUACGUAAAUUUGUUAGUUAGUGAGUGAAUGAUUUUUUUGGUAAAUUAUUUGGGUGAAUGUAAACAAGCAUAAAUUUCAUUUUUUUUUAAUAUAUUGUAAUAUUGCAA